AUGGGCAAAGGAAAGAAGAAAAAGGAUAAAAAGGGACAGGUAGUGAACGAAUUAAGUCAAGGACAAGAAAGAACGUCACAGGAACACGAUCAGCAGGAGUCUGAAUCACGAGAGCCUUGGCAGAAGCAAGAAAAAAAGAAAAAAAUUUCUAUGAAUAGACAAAGUACUUGGGGUCUACCUAUUCCGGUAGACCCUGAACCUCCGCAAGGUGUUUGGGCUCGACCUAAAGAAGCUCAGCUUCUCUCAUGCGAAGCUGGUGCUGCUGCAGCUUCAGACGGCUCCGCUAAGUCUAGUGAAGAAAUAGAAGUUGGUGAGGAAGAAAAAAGUGAUAAUACUGCUGGUAGAAAAGGGAAUGAGAAAGGCGAUGAAGAAUCAAAAGAAGAAAUGAAAAAGCCAUCGCCACCUUCGGCUGCUUCAUCACCAGAAAAUAAUACUGCUGUAAAGUCUAGUGGUGCUAAAGCUGGAUCUUCAGGUGGCCCUGAUAAAGAGUCUUUCACUGAAAAGGAAAAAAAUUAUUGGAGUAGUCUCAUACCUGUAAGAAAAAAUCCAGGUAAAGCUGGAGCCAGAGGCAGGAACAUUGAAGUGUUUACCAAUAUGGUGAAGAUUAUUUUUGACAGUAAGUUUAAAGUAGCAGCCACCCAUUAUGACAUAAAAUUUAGUAACAACACGCCAAAGUUAUUGAAAAGACUUGUGUUCAAUAAAUUGCGAGAAGAAAAAUUUCCCAAAAACUGGCCUGCAUUUGAUGGUCGCGCUAACGCUUAUUCCGUGGGCGAUUUACCAUUUGGCCACAGUAUUACACAUAUUGUACAAAUUGCUGACGAGGAAGGUUAUCAAGAUUGUGCUGUAACAGUAACGAUGGAGAAAGUUAACGUCAUAGACUUGUCAUGGUUGCCAAGAGUAUCUACAGGAUUUAAAGAAAAAGAAAAGGAUCAGUCGUCCAUCCAAGUCCUUGAUGUUGUCCUCCGAAGUGCUCCAUAUGCUUGCGCGAUUCCUAUCGGACGGUCAUUUUUCCAACAACCACAAUCCCAACCCUUUGAUUUAGAUAACGGGAUGGAACUCUGGGUCGGAAUGUUCCAAUCGGCUGUUCUUGGGUGGAAGCCAUACUUCAAUGUCGAUGUUUCUCAUAAAUCAUUUCCAAAGUCCGUCAGUGUAUUAGAUGCAAUGAAAGAACAAUGCGGUGAUUCCACAACAGAAUUGACUGCAGACAUGUUGUCCAAGAACUUUAAUAAGAUCAGUAAAUAUCUUGAAGGACUAAAAGUUGUAUUCCAGCUACCCAACAAGCCAAGCAGUAAAAGAACUGUUGGAGUAAAUGGUCUAGGUCAACCUGCAAAAGAUGCUAAAUUUACUAUAGAAAAUGGACAGCAAUGUACUGUUGCUAAUUACUUUCUUCGGUCUAAAGGAUACAAACUUCAGCGCCCUGAUUUACCAUGUCUUUGGGUUGGGUCCAAGAAAAAGAAAGUUUUACUUCCGCCAGAAUUAUGUACGAUUCCUGCUGGUUCGAUAAUAAAUAAAAAAUUAAACGAUAAGCAGACUAUCAAAAUGAUAAAAGAAACUGCGAAACCUGCGUCAGAACGUAUGAGGAGCAUUCAAUCUGUUCUUCACUCAAUGAAUUUCAAUGACAAUUUAACGAUGCGAGAGUUUGGAAUUUCUUUGAAUGGGCAGCUUGAAAAAAUUGACGCACGUGUUCUGGAGCCGCCUUCAUUGAAAUAUAAAGAUAUAAAAAGUUUGAAAGUUCAAAAAGGUGUUUGGCGGGCGGGUAAAUUUCUGACAGCUCAAAAUAUACCAGACAAUUCGUGGACUGUUUUGAACCUGUCAUCGGAUUGUAAGGAAGAAGAGAUCAGAAAAUUUGUUUCAUUGCUGCAAAAUUUCGGAAAAGACAACGGAAUGAUAAUAGGAAAGCCUCAGGCUCCUUUUAGAAUUAUGAAAAUCGAAAGCGCACAAGAUACCCGAGAACUUAUUAAUUAUUUCGAGCAACAGAAAAAAAAUCGGCUGAAACUAGUGAUUGUUGUGAUUCCAAAAUUUCCUGUGGACAUUUAUCCCAAAGUAAAACAAACAGCAGAACUGCACAUCGGCAUACUCACUCAGUGCCUUAAAGAUAAAACGAUAAGCAAUAUUGUCAAAAAUUCAGACAGAUCAACAGCGGGAAAUAUUCUUUUAAAAAUAAACUCAAAACUAGGUGGCAUCAAUCAUUCAUUUGUUCCUGAAAGCAAACCGCAAUGCUUGAAAGUCCCCACGAUAAUUUUCGGCGCUGACGUCACUCAUCCAUCAGCCGACUCCGCUCAUAGUCCUUCUAUAGCUGCGGUAGCGGCAAGUCAAAGUCCUGAUAUAUUCAAGUACAACGUCGUCAUUAAAUUACAGCCAUCGCGUCAGGAAAUAAUACUGCAGUUAGAAGAAAUCGUUUAUGAUCAACUGAAAAUUUUUACUGAAUCCAAUGGAAAAAAAAGACCUGAAAAAAUUUUCUUUUACCGAGACGGAGUAAGUGAAGGUCAGUUUCCCCAAGUAAUGCAUUUUGAGUUGCAAGCUAUAAAAACCGCAUGCAGACGUUUUGGUCAACCAAAUAAAUACGAACCCAAGAUAACAUUCCUGGUCGUUCAAAAACGUCACCAUAUCCGAUUGUUCCCGACAGACUUGAAAAACUCAGACGACAAAGGUGGAAAUGUGCAAGCUGGCACAAUUGUCGACACCAAGAUCACCCAUCCCUCGCACAUUGACUUCUACCUCGUGUCCCACGCCAGUAUUCAGGGAACAGCUCGGCCUACUAAAUAUCGUUGCCUCUGGGAUGACAAUAAAAUGUCUGAAGAUGACAUUGAGACCCUGACUUACUAUCUCUGCCACAUGUUCUCCCGCUGCACACGUUCCGUGAGUUACCCGGCCCCAACUUACUACGCUCACUUGGCAGCUUUCCGAGCACGAGCAUUAAUUAGCGGAGUCCCUAUUCAAAUGGAUAAUCUAGAGCGGGAGCAAAGAACCAAACUCACUUUGAGACCAGAGUUACUCAACAACAAUCCCAUGUUCUUUGUUUGAAACUUUCGCUCCAAUAUUACUCAUCUGCGUGGUGGUUUGUCGAGAGUGUUUACGUCAUUCCUCUACAUUGUGAUUGUCUUGUUAUUCUUAUUUACGCGAGAUAUAUAUUAUUCUUAUAUUUACAAUUUACGUUAAAUUUAUAUAUAUUUAUAUUUACUCUUAC